AAAAAUUCCGUAUUUGUCUUAUCGCUCUUUAAAGUUUAAUUAUAGCCUUCAUGCAUUUAAUAUCUUUUUUCAAAGAGUUGUUCUUAUAAAAAUGAAUCGCGUUAUCGUAUUGAAAGAGAUGAUAAUUUCAUAUGAUAAGAAAAGGAAAAACGGAAAACGUUACAUCGCAUUCGGUCGGCGCGAUUCGCGCGCGUACGACCGAUCUCUUCGUGUCGUACGAGCAGCCUAAAUAUAGAGUGACACUGUGGCAUUAAUUUGUUGAAUGGAAAGAUAGGUGCGUUCAUGCUCGAGGGGGACCGAGCAUCAUUGUGGGGUAGAUCGCGACGGGGUACGGCAGAAAUCUCUGCAUCCGUGCGAGCCCUUCCUCGAAGUCGUGUUGGAUCAAGCAUUCGAAGGCUCUCGUUUAAAAAGAAAAGGAAAAAAAAGAGGGAAGGGGUGACUUGAGCCCCCGCAGGAAGUUCCGCAUUCCGUACCGAAGAUCUCGGAAGUGAUCUCGCAUGUGGAAGAAGCAGAAUAUUUAGCAGAAUGCCGAGAUAAGAAGCAGUGUGUGAGAAUACCAAGAAGAAGGGAGACUUGACGGUGCCGCGGCUCAGGAAAACCGCAUAUAUUGGAUCUUAAUAAUUGCACGACAAUUAUCAAUCAGCCCUUCGCGCUUCUCGCCGUCGACUCUUUUCACAUCGAGUCCACGUCGAAUCAACGUCGCGCGGCCAUCACAUCCCGUUUGAGCGUUUUAAUAAGAAAGAAGAGAGCAAGUUAGCGCGCGAGCCGAUCUCCACUUGCGGUCGGCAAGUGUUAGGAUGAGGUGAGUUUUCCAAUUUCGAUCUCGUUUCGCGAUUUCGUCGUCGCAACGAAUAAUGCCUUCAAGGGAAUCGACCGGCCGUCCCAAGGUAGACAGAUCCACCAGUCCUCUACCGAGAAAACCGGCGGCGAAUCCCGUGAAUCCGGCGAAUCCGGUGCAGGAGUUGAAGGCCCUCUUCUCCGACCCCGCCAGCAACAGAGCUUCUUCCAAUGGCGAGAAAGAGUCGGACUUUCGAUUCGAGGCGAUACAAUGUCUGCGACAGUCCUCGAUCAUCAGGAUGAGGACACCUAAAAACCUACCGGAUCGAGGGACCUGGAGCAGUAAGAUCGAAUUCAUUUUGUCCGUCGUGGGCUUGGCCAUAGGUUUGGGAAAUCUCUGGCGAUUUCCGUAUCUUUGUUAUAAAAAUGGCGGCGGUGCUUUUAUGGUACCCUACUUCAUCGCGCUCGCACUGGCCGGUAUACCCAUGUUCCUGAUGGAACUGUCCUUAGGACAGAUGCUGACGAUAGGUGGUCUGGGUGUUUUUAAGAUAGCACCGAUUUUCAAAGGCAUUGGAUACGCGACCUGUGUGCUUUCCUGCUGGACCAAUGUGUAUUACAUCAUCAUUCUUGCUUGGGCGCUCUUUUACUUCUUGGUUUCUCUACGUCCUGACGUACCCUGGAGAACUUGUGACAACUCAUGGAACACACGCUACUGCAUCACGCCCGACGAACGUUUGAAUGUAACGUGCUGGGAGCCCGAAUACUGGCCAAACAAUGGCCUCAUAUGCGCCACGUCCCUCGGGAACUUGAGCCACGGAUUAUUGAAGGAUCCAGUCAAGGAAUUUUGGGAGAGGCGCACCCUAAUGAUUUCUUCGGGCAUCGAAGAUGUCGGUGGUAUAAGAUGGGAAUUGGCCGGCACUCUCGCAGUCGUUUGGAUCAUGUGCUACUUUUGCAUCUGGAAAGGAGUCAAAUGGACCGGCAAGGUCGUCUAUUUCACGGCCCUCUUCCCGUACGCUCUGUUGGCGGUGCUGCUCGUACGAGGCUUGACGCUUCCUGGCGCUUCGGAAGGUUUAAAGUAUUACGCUACACCGAAUCUCUCGAAACUCGGCGAUCCUGAGGUAUGGAUAGAUGCGGUAACACAGAUAUUCUUCACUUACGCUCUCGGUCUAGGUGCAUUGGUAGCUCUAGGCAGUUACAACAAGUUUAACAAUAACGUUUACAAAGAUGCUCUUAUUGUAUGUGGAGUAAAUACUUGUACCAGCUUGCUUAGCGGAGUAGUCAUAUUUUCCGUGGUUGGUUUUAUGGCCCACGAGCAACAGAAACCAGUGGCCGAUGUAGCUGCUUCUGGGCCCGGUUUAGCCUUCUUAGUUUAUCCCUCGGCGGUGUUGCAACUACCUGGGGCAUCAAUUUGGUCGAGUCUAUUUUUCCUUAUGCUUAUCCUGAUAGGGUUGGACAGUCAGUUCUGCACCAUGGAGGGCUUUAUCACCGCCGCUGUGGACGAGUGGCCGCGAUUACUCAGAAAACGGAAGGAACUGUUCAUCGCGAUCGUAUGCUUGAUCUCCUAUUUAAUCGGUCUUUUAUGUGUCACCGAAGGUGGUAUGUAUGUGUUUCAACUCUUGGACACAUAUGCUGUGAGCGGAUUUUGCUUACUCUUCCUAAUGUUCUUUGAAUGCAUCUCCGUCUCAUGGGCAUUCGGGGUGGAUCGAUUUUACGAUGGCAUUCGGGACAUGAUAGGCUACUAUCCCUGUUUCUGGUGGAAGAUAUGCUGGACAUUUACCACACCUGCCAUUUGCGUGGGCGUAUUCAUCUUUAAUAUUAUCAAAUUCGUCCCUGUGAAAUACCUCACGUACGAAUUUCCGUGGUGGAGCCAUUUGUUGGGGUGGCUCGCGGGUCUUUCCUCGAUGUUGUGCAUUCCAGGUUAUAUGAUUUAUAUUUGGAUCGUUACAUCCGGAACUACCUCAGAGAAAUAUCGAAAAUUGAUAAAAAUAGAAGAUGACGUUGCUGCUUUACGGAAAAAACUCAAUCCAGUCAAAGCCGCUGUCAUCGACACGGAGUUUGAAUUAUAAAGUUACAUUGUGCCUUUUUUUAGUCACACAGAUUAUGCGAUGUAUGCAAUGAAGUAUAGUAUGCUAAUGGGAAAGAUUUGAGCGCAAUGGAAUGUUUUGCGAUUCAGAAAUACAUCAAAUUUCAUUAGAAUAGCGUCAAGAUGAGAUAUCAUUGUUCGUUUUACUCAUUUCGAGCGUAGUCUCAUUGAGAAAAGCGAUGUUUAUUGAUUUAUUGAACUACUCUAUUAUAUAUCUCUUGUAAUCUGCUUCCAACAUACCAUAUGAAAAGAAAACGAAAAUAAUAAAAGUAUACUUAACAA